GCUCGCAGAUGGACUUUGGGUUUGCAUUGCUCAUAUGCUAAUCGAGUUGAGCGGCAGUAUUUGCGGUAGUUUUGAAGGCGGAUCAGUCUUUCCUAAUCUAUUGACUUGUUAACGGAAUCUAUACACGGUGCUUUGUUGAACCGCAAAACGGAGGCAGGUUGCAGAUCUUACUCUUGCAGGAGCGCAGGGGAACACCACUGGAGAUCCUACACCCCUAGGGGUACAACAUUACCAGGACAGGGGUACAUUAUCCGUGCAGGGGUGCAUUAUCCGUGCAGGGGUGCAACAUUUCCUUUCAUAGCAGGACCACUUCAAAACUUACCAAGGCGCCAUGGAUCAGAUCAGAGCUGUACCGUGGAACCUUAAGAUACCAGCGAUGAGUAUCGCCUUAGUGGUGCAAUUAUUACUGAUUUCGUCAUCAAGCUACGCACAAUCAUCAGUCCCAUUCUCAGACGGCGGUGUGGGCCUACGCACAGACCUUACUACAGCAGACAGUGUAACGCAACCACCAGUGUCGUUCACUUCGAUAUCAACUGUUAUUGUGACUGUGCUUUCCACAUUGACGCCACCACCGUCACAAGAACCUCCAUCGUCAACAAACACGACUGCGUCUGCGACAUCGUCGUCUGUUGCAACGUUGCCACAAACUGAUACUGCUAACUUGACCGAACACAAAACGAUUCCAACACUCCGCAAGGUCUUAACACCGAUCUUCCAACGACGGGGCCCCUGA